AUGUGGCGAUGGGCUGCCAAGCGGUGCGUGGAGUUCAUUGAGAACGUCAAAGAUUUCCGCCCUCCAUCCCAGAGAACACUGUUCCCAUUAUCAAAAAAGGAAGAUCUACAACAAUGGGAAGUAUUCACGGAUCAACAGUAUGGGGGCCACUCAUUGGCAACGUUGCAAUUAUCAGAUGAUCAGGCACAUGCUGUGUUUCAGGGAGAGUGCUCUGCACAAAUACAGGCAGGAGAAUAUCGAUUGAAGCGAAGUGGGUUUUGCGGGAUGCGCACAAAGAUUUCGGAUGCGAUCGAUAUCUCUGAUUUUGACCAGCUCGUUUUCCGUGUCCGUGGCGAUGGUAACCUGUACCUUGCCAGCAUGAGGACAGAUAACUGGGUGGUGGGGGAGUUACAGAACUUUGACGUCUGGCAAGCCUUAUUGCAUUGCAGACCAGGCGAAUGGGACGAAGUGCAUAUUCCAAUUGAAAACUUCAUGUUGACAUGGAAGGGACGACUUGUCCAGGAACGCGUGGAGAUAAACACAACACGGGUCAAGAGCAUUGGUAUUACACUGGCAGGAUUGGAUGAACAACACUCUUUGGGUUCAUUCAAGAUCGAUGUUGAGUGGAUAAAGGCAGCAAGGCGGAUGGACUGA